AGGAGGAGGAGGAGGAGGAGAGGGACAGGAAGAAGAGGAAGCAUAUCGAUGGUAAGCAUGAAGAAUAUUCCCGGACUCUGAGCUGAUCGACGGGGAAAACAUCUUCCCUCGCUCGUUAAGAGGCCGACAGGAAGCGGAGGGAGACAACGGCGCGGACAGGAUGGAGGAGGAGAAGCAGUUCCUUUGUGGAGUGGUGGAAGGUUUCUAUGGUCGACCCUGGUCUAUGGAUCAGAGGAAAGUUCUCUUCCAGUGGAUGCAGCUGUGGGGGUUGAACACCUACCUGUACGGCCCCAAAGAUGAUCUGAAGCACAGGCUGCUGUGGAGGGAAGUCUAUUCUCCCGAAGAGGAAGCUCAGUUGCGUACUCUUAUAGUGGAAGCUCAGUCCCGGGGUCUGAGGUUUGUUUACGCUCUCUCCCCUGGUCAGGAUAUUGUCUUCUCUUCUUCCUGUGACCUGGCGCUGCUCAAACGGAAGUUGAAACAGGUAUCAGACCUGGGGUGCCAGGCGUUUGCCAUCCUCUUUGACGACAUCGAUCACUCCAUGUGCCAGGCCGACAGCGAGGCCUUCACUUCAUUUGCCCACGCUCAGGUCACAGUAACUAAUGAGAUUUAUCGCUUCUUGGGGGAGCCACCUGUCUUCCUUUUCUGCCCUACAGAGUACUGCGGUUCUCUGUGCUCCCCAAGUGUGUCAAAAUCUCCCUACCUACAAACAGUUGGCGAGGACCUACUACCUAACAUAACAGUGAUAUGGACAGGCAGCAAAGUUAUUUCCAGGAAACUGUCCUUAGACUCUCUUGCUGAGUUGGAGUCCGUCCUCCAGCGGCCACCGCUGAUCUGGGACAACCUGCACGCCAACGACUAUGAUACCCGACGUCUUUUCCUGGGGCCUUUCAAGGGUCGUGACCCUCAGCUAAGAAACCACCUGAGGGGUCUGCUGCUCAAUCCUAACUGCGAAUUUGAAGCCAACUACAUCCCACUGCAUACUCUGGGAAGCUGGCACAGAGCUGAAACAGACUAUGUAAAAGAUGAGGAGUGUGGAUACUGUCCAGAUAGAGCUUUAACUGCUGCACUUCAUGACUGGAUGGAAGAACUUAAUCAGCCUCUGCAAGCAGGUCGGCAGAGCACAAGAGCAGAACAUCGGGCCUCUGUCUCAUCAUCGCGUUCCAAAACUUCUGACAGGUCUGACUGUCCCUCCACCUUCAGAGCCACACAUCCUGUGGCCAAACUCCCAGUCUUCCCACUCAAUUCCAGCUCUCCACCCUCAUCCCCUCCUAUGGGCAAAGCGGAGAGAGAGGGGCGAGAAGGGGAAAAAAAGAGGUCACACCAAUCAAGUCAGCAACUUCCAGGAUCGAGGUCGGGAGCGCCUCCGGGUGGCGGCCGGGCACAGCAGGCGCCGGGUCGCGGGCUCUGUGGCGGGAAGGGCUUACUGAGCGAGGCCCAGGUGCGGUUGCUCGUUGGUCUCCAUUACCUCCCCCAUGAACACGGCCCUGCGGCGCAGAAGCUGCUGCAGGACCUGACCUGGCUAAAAUCAAACUGCCACCUGGUCGGUGCAAACAGCAAGAAGACGCAGCCUCAGAAGGUUGAUGAGUGGCGUGGGCGGGCCUCCAGAUUCCUGUCUCUGUGCGAAGACAUAGCUCAGCUUCACUGCAGCGUAGUGGGCGGGGCUAACAGGGCUGUGCUCUAUGACCUUUACCCUUAUGUGUGGGACCUGAGGAACACAGCUCUGGUGGCAAAAGCCUUCAUAUGCUGGCUGGAUGGGCGAGUGCUGAAUGACGGCUCAAACCUCGCCUCCUGGAGGAACUGUUUUCACUGGUGUGGGAAAUCCACAGGAGCAGAGCUGCUGGGAGUGGACUCAGAGCCAUGGGUGUUCAAAGGGGGGGUGUCUGGGGAGGUGCAGAUGCUCCUCCCGAUAGGCAGCAGCAGUGAACUUUUCACUCAUCCCCCUCCUCUCUUUCCUACCUCUCGUCUCUACAACAUCAGGCCCUAUCACAGCAAAGACAAGGUGGAGCUGUACCGAAUGGUCCGUCAGCUUCACCUGAGGACUCAGGGCGGCCAGGAGUCCACCAUGGCUCAUCCAGAUGUCGUUGGAGACAGAUGCCUUGGCCCAUGUCUGGCGCUGAGCCCCGAGUAUAGCUUCAUCCUGGAAGACGAGCUCGGCAUCUGUGGCUGCGUGCUGGGCAUCCUAGACGUCCGCUCCUUCGCGAAGCGAUGCCAGGCCAGCUGGAUUCCUGCCAUGAGAGAUAAAUACCCACCCAAAGGGAGCAGCACACACUCAAACACACAGGACUUGGUAAAAUUGAUGGAGGAGGACCAGGGUGAGUACCCGGACUCGCUCCUCUACCACUUCCCCUCUCAGCUGCGACUGGACGCUCUGCCCGAGCUGGUGGACGUCAGCGUCAGCCGAACCCUGCUCACCGCCCUUCUCACUGCGCUCAAGGCCAACGGUUCUCAGGGUGUCUUCUGUGAGGUGCAGCCCACAGAUCAUCAGAGGCUGGAGUUCUUAACCAAACUGGGCUUCCUGGAGAUCCUCAGAGGAGAAGCCAGGAGCAGAGAGGGAGUGGUGCUCGGACGGCUGCUCUAAAAACCACGACAAACACACACACUAGCCAUCACCUGGUCACGCAUUUCAACUCCUUUGAGAAACAUCAACAUUAAUUAGUUAAUCAGUUUAUCAAAAUGCAUGGUUAGGUGUAGCAAAGGUUAUUUUUUCAUCAGGAGUUUGAUGCUUGUUUUUAACUGAAUUUUGCCAUAAAUGUCACCCUGUUCAAUCAGCUUGAAGGGUCACCGUCAUAAACAUAAACAUUUUGAAUGAUAAUGUAAAGAGAAGGUUUCUUACAAUUCUGUUAUUGUGCUUGUUCAAAAACAUUGUUCUCUUACUUUGACUAGGACAUGUUUCAUGUACGCAGCCCCAUUCAGAAAUUUUUUGCAAACUGUCAACAUUUUAUUUUAACUUGUUUGGUUUAAAAUCUGCCAACAUAAAUAAGAUGUUCCACCAGAAAACUGAAAGAAAACCAAAGCAAGAGAAAUUGUGGAUUUUAUUUAAUUCAAAAAGGGUUAGAAUCUGUAAGAUUAGAGAGAAAAAUGCCACAUAGGCAGCCUUUCUUCACCCUAAUUAGAUCUUUAGGUAACUUCGGCUUGUUUUUGCUUAUUGAUACCAACUACAGCCUGCAUUUCAAGUAUUGUCUCGAUUUUCUCUUAUUAUCUCAAAAUGGUAAACUUAACUGAAGCAUGAAAGGGGAUUUAAGAGCCUUUUGAUUGCAUUGCAUGUUGUGAAGAUGUAACAGUAUAUAUGUCUUUAAAAGCAACAGACUUACACGCAUAACUUACAAAAGCGGGUUUAUAGAAACUCUUAAGCUUCAUAAAAACCUUAAUGAAGAGAUCAAAGAGGCAUGAACCACAAAAUUUUUGAACAUUUUAUAAACUAUGAAAUGUGUGUUAGGGUUUAAACCCUUGAAAAAGCUGCUUGAUUAAUACUGUAAAUCAGGGAAAGCAACAAAUGUUUUAAAUUGAGGCAUAGCUCAAAAUGUAAGGAAUUUUAUUAAAGGUAUUUUUAUUAGAUAAAAAGUAAGUUUAUUCUUUGAAAUGCAGCAUCAAACCAGUAAUAUUCUUAAAAGGUUGAGGUGCAGAAAUGUUGUAGCAUUUCUCAACUCUGUGCAGUUUCAACCACUUUUUCUGCCUGGAUGAGCAUAACUCCUUUCCUCAGUUUUAUUGAAAAGAAAGUGAUCACAACAUUUUCCCAAAAAAAAAUAGAAACCUGCUUGUUUAAAAGCUGCUUAGCACCAACCUGCAGAAACACAGUGCUGGUAAUAAAUUGACUUCCCAGAGCAAUUUUUCCUUUUGUUUUGCUUACUGCUUUUGAUCUGAUUUGGAUAAGCCUGUGUCUCAUAUUUCUUUGAAGAAGUAGUUUCUGACAUUCAAAAGUAAUUUCAGCCACCUAAUUUACCUGAAUUCCACAUUAGCUGAUCCCACAGACUGAAGCUACAAGGCUACUCCGCAUAAGAGUAAAGCAGACCUCCACCAUCUUAGAAUAAC